AUGGAGGCGAAGAAUGACCAAGUUGCAGACACCAAAAAGAGAAAGCGAACCAACACCGAACAUCACAAAUCCCCUUAUAAACCAAAGGUCACCAAGUUCGUUCCCUCAAAGAAGCCCAAACCACACUCCGACAAUAAAGAGAAGAAGACAAUCCCCCUUACCGGCCGAGAACGUCGAAUCAAUGCUAAGGAACUUGCGGAUUCUAGAAAGAAGAAGAGAAGACGCCAUUUUACUCUUAAACAAGAUCUUGCUCGUCUAUGGGAAAAGAUGAGGCGUCACGAGAUUGCGAAAGCAGAUAGAUCUAAGUUGGUCACAGAAGCUUUAACGAAAAUGAAGGGGAAGAUUCAUGAGAUUGCAGGGUCUCAUAUUACUUCUCGUGUUCUUCAGACUUGUGUCAAACAUUGUUCACAAGCUGAAAGAGAUGAAGUAUUUGAAGAGCUACGUCCUUAUUUUAUAACUCUAGCAUACAAUGCAUAUGCAGUUCACUUAGUCAAGAAGAUGCUCGACAAUGCCUCAAAGAAACAGCUGGCAGGCUUUAUCUCCACUCUUCGUGGUCAUGUUGCUCCUCUUCUACGCCACAUGGUUGCAUCAGUUGUUGUUGAGCAUGUAUAUGACUUAGCAAGUACUGCACAAAAGCAAGAGCUGGUUUUGGAAUUAUAUUCCACAGAGCUUCAGUUGUUUAAGAACUUAGUCACGGCGAAGGAGACCAGAUCAUUGCUGGAAUUUAGAGUUGAUUGUUGUUCCGGCGGAGAGUGUGCUAUUAAGUUUGUGGUUUACUGA